AAAGAACCCGGAAAUGGCUCGGUGUGUCAUUUGAGUGAGACGGAACAGAAGUAGCAGAAAGUCUGAAAGCAGGAGUUGUUUAUUAGUGUUUGGUUUGGUUUUGGUAGGCGUUUAUUUGGUCGGUUAAUUAUGGCGUCGUUGUUUAAGAAGAAGACGGUGGAGGAUGUCAUUAAGGAGCAGAACAAGGAGCUGAGAGGAACUCAGAGGCAGAUCACGCGAGACCGGGCUGCACUGGAGAAACAGGAAAAACAACUGGAGAUGGAGAUCAAGAAAAUGGCGAAAUCAGGGAAUAAGGAGGCGUGUAAGAUUCUGGCCAAACAGCUGGUGCAGCUGAGAAAGCAGAAGACCAGGACGUACGCCGUCAGCUCCAAAGUCACAUCCAUGAACACUCAGACCAAACUAAUGCACUCACAGAUGAAGAUGGCAGGAGCCAUGGGCACCACGGCGAAAACGAUGCAGGCAGUCAAUAAGAAGAUGGAUCCUCAGAAGACAUUACAGACAAUGCAGAACUUCCAGAAAGAAACAGCGAAGAUGGAGAUGACCGAAGAGAUGAUGAGCGACACGCUGGACGAUCUCUUCGAGGACUCUGGAGACGAGGAAGAAUCUCAGGACAUUGUGAACCAGGUGCUGGAUGAGAUCGGCAUCGAGAUCACUGGAAAGAUGGCCCACGCUCCCGCCGCUAACCGUAACAAACCCGUCGCCUCCGCCUCCAAAGCAGAUGGGAUAUCGGACGAGGAGAUCGAGAGACAGCUAAAAGCUCUUGGCGUGGAUUAACGCCGACACGUAGUUUUCUGAUUCGCCUGGCAACACACACAUACACGAUCACUACUGAACUUUCAGACUUGACAUUUGCAGUCACUUAAACAUACCUACUCGGGAGUUUAGUUCCACAGCUGGAAAAUUCAAUUCCGUUACUGUUUCAGGACUUUUGAAAAUCAACUCAAAUUCUCCAUGUUUACUGUUUUGAAUGCAUGCGUGACAUAUCCUUGGUUUUAUUCACUAUUGGAAAAAAAAAAAAAAAAAUUUAUUCAAUGCAUGAGAGGUUGAAAUCAAAUCCUAAAGCAAAAAAAGCCCUCCUUUCCCUGAACUCUCUAGAGAGAUCAACCUCCAAUACCAGACAAGAAAGAGUGGCAGUGUACUUCGGGAGUUGAUUCACUCUCUUCUUUUGUUCUUUCACUUCUCACAUCUCGCCUUUUUGUUGUUUGAUUCCUUAAAAUAAAACCUCUCAGAUGUCGGGUA